AAAUUAAUUUUUAUUGACUGACUGACUGAUGAAAUUCGUUUUUCAUAUUAAUUUUUCAUGGUUGCUAAUUCAUUUCGGAAAUUUCAACAGUCAUAAUUGCUCCUAUGAAUGAUUGAGUGCUUGUGAAUUUUGUAUUUUGUUUGUUUUUACCACUUUUUUGUUGCAUGUUUGAAUAUUGAUUUGAUUUUUGGGUUUGAAGAAGAAUUUCUGCAUGAAACGGGUGAUGAUUCCAAAAAGGUCAUUACACGUUAGCCUUCGAGGAGGUCGUCGUCAUUAUCAUUAUUUGUUAUUAUCAUCAACGAAUAAUCGUCGGAAUCAAUUGCUAUUGAUUCAACAGCAACAACAACAACAUCGUUCAAUCGUAUCGUUAGUCGGUGUCUUACGUUCUGUACUGAAAAUUCGCUAUAUCAUUCUUGGAUCAGCUGUCGGUGGUGGUUUACACGCCAAUAAUAAAUAUCAACAAUGGAAAGAAAAUUUACCGGAUUUUUCCUGGAUAAAAGAUCUCAUACCUGAUGAAACGAAACAAAACAAUUUCAAAGAUACACUAUCGGAUUUAAAACAAAAAUUGAUUACCGAAAAUCGUUUCUUUGAUCGUUUAGCGGAAAAUACCGAAGCAACGAUACGACAAUUUCGUGAAAUGCUUCGAGAAAAACAACAACGACAACAAGAACUUUUGUUUCUAUCAUCAGAAAGUGAUUCGUCAUCAUCUAAAUCAUCCAUCUUUAACAAUGGCAAUUCAUGGUAUGAUCCAGACGAUGAUGGCAACGAUAAUAAUGGUGAUUCAACGACCAUUUUACCACCGCCAUCAAUCGAUACGAACACACAUCACAUUAAGAAUCCAUUUGCAAAGGAUUCAUCAUCGCCAGCAUCUAGUAGUGAAAAAGAACGAAUCGAUAAAUUACAUAAUGAAUUGAUACGAAUACAGAAUAAAUAUCAAAAAGAAAUUGAACGACUUGAGAAUGAAAACAAACGUCUUAAACAAUCGCUAUUGCUCAAAACGGAUAAAUCACAUGUAUCGGAAAAGUUGAAGAAAGCCAAUAAAACAUUGAUCGAUCUUUAUUCGGAUGUUCUGGAUGAAUUGAAUGAAUUUGAUUCAAAUUAUCAAACACAAGAUCAUCUACCACGCGUUAUUGUUGUUGGUGAUCAAAGUGCGGGCAAAACAUCCGUUUUGGAAAUGAUUGCACAUGCAAGAAUAUUUCCACGUGGUGCUGGUGAAAUGAUGACACGAUCACCGGUUAAAGUAACGCUGAAAGAAGGUCCAUAUCAUAUAGCUAAAUUCAAGGAUCAAGAUCGUGAAUUUGAUCUAAUACGAGAAUCGGAGUUGGCCGAUUUGAGAUCGGCCAUUGAACGACGAAUGAAAGCACGAGUGAAACCUGGCCAAACCGUGAGUAAAGAUGUUAUAUCAUUAACCGUAGAGGGUCCAGGUCUUCCACGUAUGGUGCUCAUCGAUUUACCUGGUGUCAUCAGUACGGUAACAACAGAAAUGGCCACCGAUACUAGGCAAGCAAUCGAAGAGAUAACUAAAUAUUACAUGGGAAAUCCUAAUGCCAUUAUACUAUGUGUUCAAGAUGGAUCUGUCGAUGCUGAACGUUCGAUUGUAACGGAUCUUGUAUCACAAAUGGAUCCACAAGGUCGACGUACAAUAUUCGUAAUGACUAAAAUUGAUCUAGCUGAACAGAAUAUGUCGAAUCCAACACGAUUGAAAAAAAUUCUCGAAGGCAAACUGUUUCCGAUGAAAGCAUUAGGCUAUUUUGCCGUUGUCACUGGUCGUGGUGGUAAAGAUGACUCUAUCAAUUCGAUUAAAGAAUAUGAAGAAGAUUUCUUCAAGAAUUCUCGGCUUUGCAAGCAAGGAAUAUUGAAUACAUCACAAUGUACUACACAGAAUCUAAGUUUUGCCGUAUCGGAUUGUUUCUGGAAAAUGGUCAAAGCUGCCGUUGAACAACAAGCUGAUCUCUAUAAAGCACGAAAAUUUAAUCUGGAAACGGAAUGGAAAAAUACUUUCAGUAAAUAUCGAGAAUUAGAUCGGGAUGAACUGUUUGAAAUCGGUAAAAAUCAGAUCCUAGAUCAAAUAAUCAAACUUAGUCAUUAUAAUGAAUUACAUUGGGAAACAUUAUUCUUUCAACGAUUGAAUGAAAAUUUCAAAAGAUUUAUUUUCGAAGAAAUCUACCUACCUUGUGCCGAAAAAGCUGAUGUAGAAAAUUUUAAUGUUUUAAUUGAUAUUAAAUUAAAAAAUUGGAUCGAUAAUUGGUUACCAGCGAAAACGGUGGAAACUGGAUGGCAAGUAUUAAGGGAACAAUUUCAAAAAACAUUAAUACCAAAUGUUGAUCAACGUAAAUCAUGUGAUCAAACGCAAAAUAAUGAAAGUGAUGAUCAGCUGUUUCAACGAUUAAAAAUGGCUGUUUCCGAGACCGUAUUGGAACAUCAUCAAUGGGAUGGGAAAGCAUCCGAUGUUAUUAAACUUCUUCAAAUGAAUUCAUCCGAAGAUCGAAUCGUAUCAUCGAAAGAAAAAUGGAAAGAAUCAGCCAAAUAUUGGCAAGAUCUAAUCAAUGAUCGUAUCGUUUCCACCGAAAAUCGAUUGAAUGAAUUGUUUGGACCCAAUUGGAUACAACGAUGGUUAUCAUGGUCAUAUCGAACAGAUGAUCAAUUAAUUAAUGUUAACAUUAGGAAUGAAUUGGAUGUACUAAUUUCGAAUAAUCAGAAUCAAAAUACCCUUAAACCAGUUUUAGAUGCUGAAGAUUUAUUGUUGGUUAAAAAACGUCUAAGAGCCAAUAAAAUUGAUGUUACCGAUGAUGAUAUCCAAACAAUUUGGAACGAAUUGUAUAAAUAUAAUUUCCUAAAUAAAUUAAUGUCCAAAGCGGAAAAUUGUGAAAAAUUAUAUGCACAUCAUAUGUAUAAAUUGGAUUCAGAUAUUUCCUGUGACGAUGUCGUUUUUUUCUAUCGUGUACGACAUAUAUUACAAGCAUCAUCGAAAGCAUUACGGCAACAGACAACAAAUAUCGAAAUUCAACGUUUAAAUCGUGAAUUGAAAGAAAUUCUAGAUGAUUUCAAUCAAGAUUAUCGACAAAAAUCAACGUUACUUGUAGGCAAACGUGUAGCAUUGGCCGAAGAAUUGAAACGUGUUCGAAGGAUACAAGAAAAACUUGAAGAAUUUAUUGCUGCAUUAAACCAGGAAAAAUGAUGAAAUGAUCCAUCCAUACGUGUCAUGAAUUUACCAAGUUUUUUUAAAAAUUUCCCGUGUUUUUGUGUAUAGGAUGUAUGUUUAUUUUGUUUUUGUGAUCUUUGUAGACCUUUUUGUUGUUGAUUGAUUGAUGAUAAUAAUUACUAAUGGAUAAUUAUUGCAAUUAUUAAUAAAAAUUACAAUUUUGAUGGCGACGAUAAAUGCCAACGACAUUC